AGGGGCGGUAAAGUUGAGCGAUUGCUUCAAAACCAAAUCCUCCAUUCAAAACAAGUCAAGUUGUUCAUUCAAACGUUCAUAUAUUAAGAUUAAAAAUCAAAGAGGGAGAAGAGGAGAGGCUAAAAAUGGAGGGAAAGAGGAUGAGGAUCCAAUCGGAGUCACAACCACAGAGCGUGAUUCUACUCACCAAAAUCAAAGAUUUCACUCGAGCUUUGCUUUCAGACCUAACCAACCGACGCUCACCGCUCAUUCUCAUCGAUCGCUUCAGAAGUUACUGCACCCUUCCCAACUCCAACUGCUUUUGUGCUUCCGAUUGUCCGUGCGGAAAGGAAAUUCUCACACUCAGCAGAAAAACUCACGCGCACAGACUAGUCGUCAUGUUGAGAGUGCUGCUGAUAGUUCAGAAACUUCUGCAAGAGAACAAGCAUAGUUCCAAGAGAGACAUUUAUUACACGUAUCCUUCUGUAUUUUUAGAUCAGUCAAUGGUAGACCAAGCAAUUAAUGAUAUAUGUAUUCUGAUGCAAUGCAGCCGCCAUAACCUUAAUGUGGUUUCCGCAGGGAAUGGGUUAAUUAUGGGCUGGAUAAGAUUCUCUGAAGGAGAAAGGAUAUAUGACUGCAUCAGUUCUCCUAACACUGCCCACCCUGUUCCUGUUUAUGUUGAAGAAGUUCAAGAUAUUAUUAGUGUUGCUCAUUACAUUUUAGUUGUCGAGAAAGAAUCAGUUUUCCAAAGACUAGCAAAUGACCAAUUCUGCAAUUCAAAUCACUGUAUUGUCAUCACCGUAAGCAAUCUUCUGAAGACAUUAGUUUCUUUUGCAACAAUAUUUCUUUGUUUGAAUUCUAUCUUUAUACAGGGAAGAGGCUACCCAGAUAUUCCUACAAGAAGGUUUUUGCGGCUUCUAGUUGACAAUUUGCGCCUGCCUGUUUAUUGCUUGGUAGAUUGUGAUCCCUAUGGCUUUGACAUCUUAACCACUUACAGAUUUGGUUCAAUGCAAAUGGCUUAUGACACGAAACAUCUUCGUGUCCCAGAGAUACACUGGCUUGGAGCUUUUCCUUCAGAUUCUGAGAGAUAUUCUGUUCCAAAGCAGUGUCUCCUUCCUUUGACUGCUGAAGACAAAAGAAAAGUUGAAGCCAUGUUACUUAGAUGCUACCUUCAAAGGGAGGUGCCACAAUGGAGGUUGCAGCUAACGUUGAUACUGCAAAGAGGAAUAAAGUUUGAGAUUGAAGCCUUAUCUGUGUACGCACUUUCAUUCUUGUCAGAGUCUUACAUACCAUCUAAAAUUGAAGGUAAAUUGAUGAUGUAGCAUGUUUGACAUUUUAUGUGUCAAGCUCUAUACAAACAACAGGACUGCGGCAUAAUCAGUACAUGCCAUUAAUUACGCUUUCUGGGAGAUUAAGUAUCCCUCUUAGGCGAAGACCAUUGUUUGGUCUUUGUAGGAUCUUAGGGACAAUAUUUGUCUACCCAAUUUUGAAGGUUUUAUGAAACAUUCAUCGAGAAAGAAAGGUUUUAUAAACAAUAAGGACUUUAAUUGCCAUGCACGGUUACUCUAACACAGUAGAAUUUAU